AUGAAACUCAAGAAACAAUGUAUGAAACUCUCUCGUGAUCACUUUGAUCAGAUCCCUGAUGAUCUAGCGGUGGAUAUUCUCAGUAGAUUGUCCGGAAAAUCUCUUAUGAAGCUCCGAUACGUAUCCAAAUUUUGGUUUUCGAUCAUCCGGAGCCAAAGAUUAAUCGAUUCUUUCAUCCCUAGGUCAUUGAAACGCGGUUCCCGCUUCCUAAUCGCUUUCAAUAACUGUGAGUUCGUCGUUAAAAAAACUGAUAUGCGUUUGUUCUUCUUCACAGUUUCAGACGACGAAGGAGAGAACAAAUCUUCUCCUUCUUCUUUGGUAGCCAGUCUCGACAUGACAAUACCUUCCACGGUUGAUUAUCACUACACACGAGGUUCAGCUAAUGAUGAUGCAAAGAAGUUGACUUAUAAAUACUUGGGAUAUGAUCCGAUUGAUGAUCAAUACAAAGCAAUGUGCAUGACGGUUUCUCGGCGUGGUCAUCAUGGUGGUGACGUAGAGCACAAGGUUUUAACACUAGGAGGAGGAAGAGGUGAUGUUAAAACACUAUCAUGGCGAAUAAUGGAAGACAAUACCGAGCCUUACGUUCCUUACACAAAAGGAACAUGCAUCAACGGGAUUGUGUAUUACGGUGCUACAAGACCAAAUACGAAUGGAGUUAUAGUUUGUUUUGAUGUUAGGUUUGAGAAGAUUAGUUUGAUGAAUCCACCUUUAAACAUCAAAAGUUGGGAGGUUGGUACAAGCUUGAUCAACUACAAAGGGAAGGUAGCCAUUAUUCACACAACCCCUUUGCGUGAUUCAUAUGAGAUUAUAGUAUGGAUACUAGAGAAUGUCAAAACACAUGAAUGGUCAAAGAAGACACGUUUCUUUCCGCAUUCUUCGUCGGAUACUAUCGACAUGAGUUCCUAUUCUUUCAUAGGCAUCAACGAAACCAGAGAGAUCAUAUUAGCUCCAAAGUUGAUGCCACGCAACCUUGAAGCUUUCUACAUAUUCUAUUUUGAUUUAACAAGCCAAGGUAUCAGAAGGGUUAGGGUUGAAGGACUUGCAGAUGAUGAAGAGUUCAAGCGUCAUUAUGGAAUCGGAAACAAUGGUUCUUGUCCUGUUUCUAUCUCAUCUGAACACUUUGAAAAUAUUACCUUUUUUUAA